GCCGAUGAAAGUUACCAAAUAGCUGUCAUUGGUCUUCACCCUACUGAAAAUAUGACCACUCGACUGGAUAUCGAACCACACACGGGGGUCAUCUUGAAGGCCGAAAAGCAGCUGCAAGUGAACGGUGUAGUCCGACGCAAUGCUGACUUCCCUUCUCUUCGGCGCGUACAUGACACCUUCUUCCCUAUUGGUUUCUUCAAAGAAUCGUUUGUCAUUCCCGACGAUAUCGCCGCCAAGCUGCGAAACUCUCUUUUGCCGCUCCUCAUUUCAAAGAUAAUCGCAGUGUGCCUGAUAGUCAUUCCCAGCGUUGGCCUUGCCAUCGUCCUCCUGGUUUUCCUUAUGCGCCGACGACCCGUCACCGAGCUAGUUGUAGAGGUUUCGGAAGCCGACGACCAAACGCCUCUGAUGGCUGAUACGGCUUGA